AUGGAACAUAAUGAGGAGUGUUUCGUCAUAAUGCCGUUUUUUCAACAGAUAGUAGCUGCUUCGUCCGGUGCUAUCGUAACCUCUCUGUUAAUGACACCAAUGGAUGUUGUAAAAAUACGGUUGCAGCAACAAGCUCACCCUUUCGUUAAAGGCACUUGCUUCCUAUACUCCAAUGGUUUGAUGGAUCAUUUGUGUACAGCUUGUGCUAAUGUAAAUUCUAAAGAGCCCUGCGAAUGGUUUGCAAGACCGGGGAAUUUUACAGGGACAGUGGAUGCGCUGUUCAAAAUUGCGAGAACGGAGGGAAUCCAGUCACUAUGGAGCGGGCUUUCACCGACAUUAAUUAUGGCGAUACCGGCAACAGUACUUUAUUAUACAAUUUACGAUAAUAUGUUGUGCUGGUUGAGAAAGGAAUAUGAUAGCAAAUCUCACUGGAUUCCCCUGUUUGCUGGAUCAACUGCUCGUCUAGUUGCUCUGACCAUCGUUUCUCCAAUAGAAUUAAUAAGGACAAAAAUGCAGAGUGAACGGUUUACAUAUAAAGAUAUCGGAUUAGCUUUUCAGCGAUCAAAAGCAGCUGAAGGAUGGAUCAGUUUAUGGCGGGGUUGGAGUCCUUCAUUAAUGCGUGACAUGCCAUUUUCUGCUGUGUAUUGGACAGGAUACGAAUACUUGAAGACGAAUGCCUUACAGAAAUUAAAUCAACAGGAAACUAGUUUCCUGAUCAGUUUUGUGUGUGGCGCGAUGGCUGGUUCAUUGGCAGCAUUUGUAACAACUCCAUUUGACGUCGUGAAAACUCGUCGUCAAAUAACUUUGGGAGAGGUACGAAAUAUAAAGGAGAUGAAUAGGUACAAUAAUGGGUAUAUGCAGAUGAUAGAAAAUUAUGAUAAGAUUACCAGAGAAAGGCGCAGCAUGGAAAUUCGAUCAAAGCACUCUUUUGGUAUUAUGAAAGAACUUUAUGAAAAAAAUGGACUCAAAGCUUUAUUUGCAGGUGUAGUACCACGUGUAACAAAGGUUUCGCUUGCGUGUGCUCUGAUGGUAGGCAGUUACGAGUAUUGCAAACUAUUCUUUAAGAAAUUAAACAGUUUGCAAUGA